CUUUGACGAUACGUGCAACCCGUGUAGCGUCUGCCCCGGCCCAGUUCUAUAAAUACCCACCCUCUCCUCUCUAGAAAGCGCUGUACUUGCGGGAUGUGCUGACAGAAGACUUUUCUCUUUAUCCCACUAAAAACGCCCAUUUUCUUUUGACUUGUUUUUUCGACCUCCGGCAUGGAGCUGGACCGCCGGCUGUUGCUAAUCCACUGCGCCGCUCACGCCCUCUCGGUCGCGGCGGGACUGCUGGUGGUCGUCCCGAUGGCUCUUAACGGCUCGGCUUUCAAAGGCCGCUGCGCCCUCUUCUCCACCGGCUACUGGAGGAAAGAAGACCGGGCCGAGUUUACGGAACAGUCCGGGGAGAUGUCUCACCUGGUGGUGCAGCGGUGGGGCCCGCUGGAAGCCUGCCAGCUCGCCACAUUUGUGGGUAUUUUUACGACGCUUUACGGGGCUGCGCAGGGCUGGAGGUGCCUCUUCUACCUGCACGGACGGCAUGACGACACCCUGUUUUCAUCCUUCCUCACGGUCUUGCUGAGCGUCUGUGUGCUCUUCCUGUCUGCGGGGGCCAGCGUCAUUUUGUCUCUGGGAUUCAGCUCUUGGUGCGACACAGUCACCGAUGACAACACACGUCCCUACAGUUGUGCAGAGUCCCAGUCUGUCCCUCUUUACCUGGAUGUUGACACGUCUACUUUCUACACAGAUCUCAGUCUGGCUCAGGCGUCUCUGUGGUUUGUGACGGCCCUGUGGCUGGUUCAGUCCAUCCUGGCCUUCCUGCGGCUCUACCACUCCCACAGGCAGAACAUCACGGGGCCUUGGCUGCACCGAGACAAGGAGCUGCUGCUGGGACACACUCCCCUCGACAGCGGCUCCCCGACGCCUCCUCUUCCCCCUGCGACCCCGAGUGUCUGCGUCUGACAGGGAGGGAGUGAGGUAGUAACGCAGCUCCUCACAUUUAACGCCACCGUUUUAAACCUCAUCUUGUUCAUUAUGACCACUCAUAAUGUCCACUCUGCACGUCUUACUGUUUAUAUGCCUCAUCUUAGUCAGCAGAGCCUGACCUUUUAAUUAUAUUAUCUGUGAAGAAGCAUCAAGAGACUGCAGUAGGGAAAUGCCAAAGAUACAGUUUGUUGUCAUUAUUACCUUUACUUUUCUGAGAGAUGCAUCUAAGCAAGAUUAUAAAAUAUACAACAAACCAUGGGAAUUAUCUAGUUUAAAGGGAACUGUGACUUAAAAGGAAAACCUAAAUGCUUAAAAUUGAGAAUUUGAUUGAAAAAAUAUUUGGAUCAUUUUACUCAUUAAAACUUCAGGUGAUUUUCUGCCAGCUUUACUUAAGAUUUGCAUUUUAAUAAUUUUUUUUUUAUUUGUGUGACAUUCCUACAAAGAUGGAGUUAUCAAAGUGUGUGAUGUUUUGGAGUAAGACACAGUUUAUUUCAGAAAAUCUAUGUUGUUUUUUUUCUAACCUGGUAACCUAAAUGGCUAUAAAACCAAUGAUUUUCAAUGUUUUUGAUAAGUUAGGUAAAUUACCUAAUUAGAACAUGUUUUAUAUAUACGGUGGUCCUCAAACAUCAGCAACACCCCUGAUAAAAACCCAGGUUUUUGUGAUGUAUAAAAAGGCUAUGAUAAAUAAUUUAGAAACCGUCUUUGAGAACAAUCAUUAUUUGUAAAAAUUUAACUGAAAAAAGCUUUUCACUUGACAUUAUCUACCUGCUCAACCUGGCAAAACCUCUCCAAAUAUAUCAGGAUAUGAGGAAAUCUGAUUUUUAUGUCAGAUCUUUACUUUAGCUAGACCAGUCCAUACCAUUAAUCGUCCUUUUAUGAAGUUCUUCUAUUAUUUAUUUGACUUGGAAAAAUAAAAACCCUGUUCACAUUCAGCUUUCUAGCAGACUCUGGAAGGGUUUUGGUAAAAAGUCUAUUGAUGUUUGGAACAGUUCAUGAUUGGUGGACAAAAAGUCUAGUUCUAUCUUGAUGUUGCCAUCACAAUGCUUCACAUUGUUCUUUUUAGUAAUGUCCAUUGUUAUUUUUGGAUCAAAUGGUUUUUUUGUUUUUGUUUUUUUCACUGUGGCCUAAAGUUCAAUUAUGUUUUCAUGUGACUAUUAACUCGUUUCCUCACAAGGUUUAGCAAUAUUUUUGUCAUUUCUUGUAUGUUUUACUUGAAAUAUGAGGCUUCAGUCUUGCAGCCCUACUCCUUAGUGCAAAACAUAGAACAUUGUUGUCACAUAUAGAGCACAACAAAUGCUUGAUAGAGAUUCCUGCAGCUCCUUCAAUUUUGCUGUCAUUCUCUUGGCACCAGUUUUUGUAACGUUACUGUGUCCCUUAUUUUCUUCAACAGUUUCUAUCUGUUUUUACUGUGAAGAGAUGUAUAUAUAUUUAUAUAGUGCUGUGGAUCCUUUUUCACAUUUCACUUGACUAAUGAGACAUUUUUGAUCUUCUAUUUUAUUUGUGCAAAACUGCUUGGUAAGAGACAAAUAAUCACCUGGCAUUUUAACUGGGAUGUGUACAGUUUUGAGAGUCGCUCUGUGUAGAGGAGACGAGCUCAAUGACAGCAAACACAGAAGGGAAUUCUAGUCUAACAUUAAAUUUGAGGCAAACAACAACUAAAGUAAGUAAAAAUUGUCAGAGGUUUCUGUCCUAACAAAGACUUCCUUUUAUCUCAAACUGAAAGGAUUCGACUAAUUUAAUCAGAAAUGCUAUAAUAGUCCAGUGAUUUAAUAACCAGUGUUAUUCAGAACAUUUACUGUGCUUUGUUCUAUUUAUUUAUGUUACUGACAAUGCAUCAUGAUGGUUUUUUGUUGGUUAUUUAAUAAGCAUGGUUGUUUACAUUUCUCCUGGAUUCCAACAUUUUGCACAGUUGUGUCCUCGUCAGGGAUGAAAAAAAGCUUGUUCUGUUUUAUUCAGAUGAAGCACUGUGGUGCUUUUGUUGUGAGAAAGAGCUACAUGUUCAUGGAAAAGGGCUCACUGUGUGAGCCUGACCUGAAUGUUCUGCUGUGUGCACACCGCUGAGCCUCUCUGCUCCUGUGACGACUUUUAUGAUGGUGCCGUUUGUGUGGACGGAGCUGCUCUCUGGAUCUCCUCCGGUGAUCUGCUUGGUUUUUUUUUAACUACUUUGUUGAUGUGUGGUAGCUCGGAUACAGAGAAUGACGAUGAAAAGAAAAAAUGUUGCAGAUUUAUCUGAGGUUUUCUGUUUAAAUUGUUGCGUUUUGUGGACGACCAGAGCGGCUGUAAUGAAACACAAACAGUGGAGCUGGAAGUCUGAAGUAAAGAGAGAUCAGCUGGUGUUGCAGUAUGAAGCUAUUUAUAAAAUGGUUUUUGUAAUGGAAUUGACUGUAGUUCUGUUUGUUCCCUCAUUCAUCUUCAUGUUUUUGCAUUUGUCCUGUAUUUAAAUAAAAUACCUGCUCUUA